AUGGGAAACUGCUUCACAUUUUGCCGGCGCAUCAAUAAUGAUGAUGAUGAUGACAUUUACCACCAGUCAUCUCCUGCCUGUCCCGCCUUGGCUAAGGCUGGGACCAGUAACAUCAGAGCCUCCAAUCCCAUGGAGGAUUCUUCAGGGUAUUCAAGCCCCGCACAUCCAGCUGAAACUGGAUCCAAUGACACCAACCUGAUCAUCAGUGUCAUUUCAGGGUCUGGUAGCCCUUCCUGCCUCACCUCGGCUGAGGUGACUGCAGCCACCAAUUCCAUCGCUGGAGAUGAGGACCACUACCAGUCAUCUCCAAACCCCUCAGGGUGUCAUAGCCCUGCCAGUCCCACCUUGGCUAAGGCUGGGACCAGUAACAUCAGAGCCUCCAACCCCAUGGAGGAUUCUUCAGGGUAUUCAAGCCCUGUACAUCCAGCUGAGACUGGAUCCAAUGACACCAAUCUCAGCAUUGGUGUCAUUUCAGGGUCUGGUAGCCCUUCCUGCCUCACCUCGGCUGAGGUGACUGCAGCCACCAAUUCCAUCGCUGGAGAUGAGGACCACUACCAGUCAUCUCCAAACCCCUCAGGGUGUCAUAGCCCUGCAUGUCCCGCCUUGGCUAAGGCUGGGACCAGUAACAUCAGAGCCUCCAACCCCAUGGAGGAUUCUUCAGGGUAUUCAAGCCCUGUACAUCCAGCUGAGACUGGAUCCAAUGACACCAACCUGAUCAUCAGUGUCAUUUCAGGGUCUGGUAGCCCUUCCUGCCUCACCUCGGCUGAGGUGACUGCAGCCACCAAUUCCAUCGCUGGAGAUGAGGACCACUACCAGUCAUCUCCAAACCCCUUAGGGUGUCAUAGCCCUGCCUGUCCUGCCUUGGCUAAGGCUGGGACCAGUAACAUCAGAGCCUCCAACCUGAUGGAGGAUUCUUCAGGGUAUUCAAGCCCUGUACAUCCAGCUGAGACUGGAUCCAAUGACACCAAUCUCAGCAUUGGUGUAAUUUCAGGGUCUGGUAGCCCUUCCUGCCUCACCUCGGCUGAGGUGACUGCAGCCACCAAUUCCAUCGCUGGAGAUGAGGACCACUACCAGUCAUCUCCAAACCCCUCAGGGUGUCAUAGCCCUGCCUGUCCUGCCUUGGCUAAGGCUGGGACCAGUAACAUCAGAGCCUCCAACCCCAUGGAGGAUUCUUCAGGGUAUUCAAGCCCUGCACAUCCAGCUGAGACUGGAUCCAAUGACACCAACCUGAUCAUCAGUGUAAUUUCAGGGUCUGGUAGCCCUUCCUGCCUCACCUCGGCUGAGGUGACUGCAGCCACCAAUUCCAUCGCUGGAGAUGAGGACCACUACCAGUCAUCUCCAAACCCCUCAGGGUGUCAUAACCCUGCCAGUCCCACCUUGGCUAAGGCUGGGACCACCAUCAGCACCUCCAGCAUCACGGAGGUCCAUUCACAGCCUGCAGCACAUUGCAGCCCUGCAUGCCCGGAUGAAGAUGGAACAGCCAACACCAACCUGGGCACAGAGUGUGUCCUUUCAGGACCUUGCAUCCCUUCCCAUCCUGGAACCCCUGACACUGCCCUAAGCAUGGCGAGUGUCUUCUCAGGAACUUCCAACUCAGAGACUGAAUCCACCGGAGACGACUCCACCGCACCAAGCGAGGACGUGAGAAUAACGCUGUCAAGCUUCACAUUGCACUGUGAGCUUGGAGAAGGAAGCUUUGGAAAGGUUGUUCUGGCGACUCACCGAAAGAGCCAGCAGAAAGUGGCCAUCAAGUCAGUGAUUAAGACUAGAAAUACCUACGACCUUGACAUAGAACGCUACGCCAUGGAGAAGUCACAAGGAUGCCCCUUUCUUAUUCAGCUAUAUGCCGCCUUCCAAACCCCCCUCACCGCCUGCUUUGUGAUGGAAUACGCCAGCGAAGGGAGUUUAAGGGACUUCAUCUGGAAAUAUUCACCAGUCGACAGCGACUACAUCCAAUUCCUUGUGGCAGAAAUAUCGUGUGGCCUGGAAUUCCUUCACUAUAAUGGCAUCCUUCAUAGGGACCUCAAGCCUGAUAAUAUCCUGAUGGAUGAAGAAGGACAUGUCCGCAUUGCCGACUAUGGACUGGCAGUAGCAGGUCUAUGGGACGAUGAAAGAAGCACCGGUGUGGCUGGAACCAGAGGAUUCAUGGCUCCGGAGGUUGUCAACAAUGACUAUUACCAGUUUGAACCGGACUGGUUUUCACUAGGAGUCAUUAUCUACAUCUUGGCCACAAAGCAUAUGCCAUUUGGGAGCAUGACCUUUGAUGAAUACCGGAGAGAGGUGAACUUCAGCUAUCCCGAUUACCCCCCUGACAUGGACCCGGACCUGGAGGACUUCAUAAAAGGACUGCUUUGCAAAUAUCCGGAGGAGAGACUGGGGAUCAGUGAAGACAUCCGAUCCCACAUCUACAUGGAAUCCAUCGACUGGGAAGAAGUGGAGAAAGGGAACGCAUUUCCCCCUUUCCAAGUGGACAUGCAGAUGGACAUGGAUAUAGACAACCGACUUUCUCCAUCGGCUAUAAUGCCAAAUACAUCAAAGAAGCCAGGAGAGGAGAUAUACCUACCCGAGUUCACAUACAUCAACAGCAUGUGGGCACGCAUGUGA